AUGGCAUCCAAGAAGGUAAAGGCUGUUCAGGUAAAGGGUGAGGAGGCCGAACAGCUGAUCGAGGAGUACUUGGUAGCUCAAUAUCGGCCAUUUGCCAUAAAUGAUAUCAUACAGAACUUGCACAAUAAGGUCAGCAAGACGGGUGCACAAAAGGCGCUGGAGAGCCUGGAAGCGCAGGAACGAAUUAUCACAAAGACGUUUGGAAAAGUGGUGAUCUAUGCUUGCAAGGAGCAGGAGUUAGCAGUGGCAGAAGACAUUGACAUGGAGAAAUACACGCUCCAGUUUUUAUCAGAGCUUCGGAGUGAGCUGAAUGAGGUAGAAAAGGACAAGAACGCGGUGAUGGAGGCGUGGCAUAAGUGCCUCAAGGAGCCUUCUAAUGAAGAGCUUGUGAGAAUCAUCAAAAACAACGAGGAGACCACAAAAACGCUGGAAAAAGAGUUACAGGCAUUGGAAGCUAAGUGGGAUCCUGCGAAUGAAGAAGCUAUUAAUCAAAUGGUGCAAACAGGUGACUUCUUGGGCAAGGAGUUGAGGAAAAGAUCGCGAUACCUUAAACGGCUGAUUUCUUUGAUAAAGGAUACAAUUCGUCCCACGAAUAUGACCGAGCUAUUGGAAAGUAUUGGCUGUGAGUAUCGCAGCUAG